AUGGGCUCGAUAAGUCCAGCGACAUCAGAAUACCACCGUGUCAUCAUCGUCGGUGCCGGCCCUGUCGGCCUGACCACGGCCACAAAUCUCGCACGGCUGGGCGUCCCAGUCCUCGUACUCGAGAGAAACCAUCAAGUCGACCAGUCUCCUCGCGCGGCAUCGUACCAACCAUGUGCGCAAGCCGAGCUGCUCGAGACGGGGACGUUGGAGGAUGUCAAGAAGGAAUCCGUCAUCAAUGACGUUGUUUCAUUCUGGAUCAAAGGCAAGAAAGUCGCCUACGUGGAGAAGAAGGAAGGAGGCAGCUUGUUCCCUUCUGGCAUCAAUUGUCCGCAGCCCAGACUGGCAGAUAUCCUGCUCCGGCACCUUACGACAAAGUAUCACUCGCAAGUCCGAUUCAACCAGAAGGUCAUUGAGAUCUCGCAGGACGAGAAGCAGACGACGGUCUCCUUGGUCGCGGUGGAUCCGACCACGGGUGAAGAAACGCAAUACACCUGCGACUGGCUGGUGGGCUGCGAUGGCGCCGGCUCAUCGGUGCGCAAACUCUCAAACAUUCCGUUCGAGGGCUUCUCCUGGCCGAAGGAGGACUUUGUCGCCACGAACAUCCGCUUCGACUUUUUCAAACACGGCUUCAACACCGCUAACAUCGUCAUGGAUCCCGUCCACUGGGCGGUCGUGACCAUCCUUGACGACACGGGUCUUUGGCGCGUGGCCUUUGGCGUCCGGGCCGGCCUGACGAACGAGGAGAUCCGGGCAGAGUUGGACGAGCAUUACAAACACAUCUUCCCUGUCUGGCCGGUCGAGUACGAGCUGGUCCAGCUGAACAAGUACAAGCCGCAUCAGAGGUGUGCCCAGACGUUCAGGCAGGGAAGGAUACUCCUAGCCGGGGAUGCUGCACAUAGCAACAACCCCAUCGGCGGCCUCGGAUUGACAACAGGUCUCCUCGACGCGGGGCCCCUCGGCCGCGCCCUUGCCGCCGUCAUCAACGGCAGAGCCCCUGACACGCUGCUCGACACGUGGGCCCAGCGCCGGCGCGAGAAAUGGCUCACUUUCACGAAUGAGUUCUCGAUCGAAAAUAAACGCAUGGCGCAACUAGGCGGCUACAGCGAUGACCCGCUGGGCAUAUGGGUGAUUGAUGAUGUGGCCAGGGAGCACAAGAUGGAGCAAUGGCUUGCGAUGGCGACGCCGGAGAAGAAGGAAGCCGACGCUAGGAUGUAUAAAGCGUUAGAAGACCCGCAGGCCCAGCUGGUGAGUCGGAUGAAACAGUGGGAAAUCACAAUGGAUCCGAUGUGGAUGGCAGAGUACGAAGAUCCAGAACUAGUCAAGUAUAGGAUCAGUCUGAGGCCCGCAGUGUUGAGCGCACCGGAGGCAGCAACGUGA